AUGAGCCGUGCAAACGAAACGAGCCAGACUAUCCUGGCGCCCAAACCACAGCUACCAGCCGCACGAUUCUCACCAGUGCUACUCUGGCAAGCCAACAUCAACAUGGAGCCGGAAGCGGAAGCACAGGCUCCUACCAUCCAACAAGACACGCCUAUAGGAUACUACCACCACCUCGGCACCAUCCACAAUCCUAUCCCAGUAGAUAGCGCAGAGGUGUUCUGGUCGCCAGAAAGAUCGCCAGCGUCAGAACACGAUGGCAGCGCACACUACCGUCUGGUACCACCCACGACGUGGGAUGACACAUCUCCAAACCCGUAUUCGAGCAUGGAGAACACCGCAUGUACGCAGCGGGGCGCGUGCUGGGCUGAAUAUCUGUCAUCUGAUUCCAGCAUAUACUCGGGUAGCCCUGUCGCCCUGUCCCCAGGAUCACCGUACGCGAGGAUGUGGAACGAAUGCGACGCCAACAGCCCGUUAGCAAGAAAUCAGGGCAGUGUAUUCGUCAGAAGUUUGAAACGGGGCGACGAUGAGGCAGAUAACGCCACUAUGAGCCCCGAAGAAUUACAGGAGGAUGAACAGUGGUUCUUGGACCUCCGUUCCUUUUCACAUAUAUCCCAAAGGAGAUACGAUCCACGCACUGAGCGUCCUCCAACACCACCCUAUACGCACCGGUCACAGCGAAUAUGCGAACCGGUCGAUCCAGAGCGAGAGGUUUGGAUAUCAGUCGACGCGAGAGGCAUCCACGAAGAGGCAUUCAAUCUGGAGCAACGCCUGAGCUUCCUUGAUGACGAGAUGGAAACUGGCGGCUACUGGCCCAUCCUCAUAGAGGACUCACCUGCGAGUACACCCGCAUCUAGGUCGCCGAUGCUACCACUGCAGCCCCUCCCACCACUAAGUCGAGCGGGAGAGAGCGCGUGCGACAAGUCGGGCGAUUCGCUGGAUGAGCUGUUAAGAUACGCAGAGAGAUAUCUCGCCAGUACUGCCAAGGCGGCUCCCGAAGCACUGUCUGUCCCGUGGUUACUUGCAGACGAGGACAUCAUCAGAGACUGCUGA